AUGCGAGAUGAAGGUGAAAAAGGAGAUAGAGGAGAAGUAGGAAGGCAAGGAAAAGUUGGACCAAGAGGACCAAAAGGAAACAAAGGAACUGUGGGGGAUAUUGGUGAUCAGGGAAUGAUUGGGAAAAUCGGCCCAAUUGGCGGAAAGGGUGACAAAGGAGCCAAGGGCUUAUCAGGGGUGUCUGGAAAAAAGGGGAAAGCAGGUACAGUCUGUGAUUGUGGUAGGUACCGCAGAGUUGUUGGACAACUGAACAUCAACGUCGCUCGGCUUAACACGUCUAUCAAAUUUGUAAAGAAUGUUAUAGCAGGCAUCAGAGAGACAGAUGAGAAAUUCUAUUACAUUGUCAAAGAAGAGAAGAAUUACAGAGAAGCCUUGAUCCACUGCAGGGACAGAGGAGGAACACUAGCAAUGCCUAAAGAUGGAGCAACUAAUGCCCUGAUUGCUGACUACAUCUCCAAGAGUGGCCUCUUCCGAGCAUUCAUUGGAAUGAAUGACAUGGAAAAAGAAGGACAGUUUGUGUAUGCAGACAAUACUGCACUCCAGAACUACAGUAAUUGGAAGGAAGGGGAACCAAAUGACCCAACUGGUCGUGAGGACUGUGUGGAAAUGCUGAGCACAGGAGAGUGGAAUGAUUCAGAGUGCCAGGUUACCAUCUACUUUGUCUGUGAAUUCCUCAAGAAGAGAAAAUAAAAGUGGCACAGAAUGUGCCUGGUGUUUUAUGUACAUACAA